CAUGUCCUCGACACAGCUCCUGCCGGUGUUCGGUCCCGAUGAGCUGAGGACACUGUCCCUGUCCCCGGCGGGUUGACUGGUUCCACGCAGCGGACACCGGACAGGUCGGUGUGAGCUGCUCCGGCUCCACAGCGCAGGAGACACUCGAGGACUGAGAGGACGCAGAUCCGGAGAGGCAUCGCCAAAGACUGGACAGUAAGACAUGAAGACCUGCAGAUUAAAAACUGUGAUGGACGGACACACAGCCUCCUGCAGGUGAAGCUUCAACUUUCAAAUUCCCUGGCUCCUGCUCUUCGAUGUCAUUAUGUCACAAUCAGACUGCAAAUAUGGGAGCGGCCCCCACACAGAGCAGAGUGGGAGGCUCCGCAGCUCGCCCACGCAUCAGGAAUAUGGGAAAACACCCGUCAGGACUUUUUUGGACUUCAGGCACACAAACGAGCCGGAAAAUCCGGACGUCAAGUGGCCUCCCCUGUCGUUGCUAAGCAACAUGCGGAGCGUCUCCAAAGUCCGACUGCUCAGUUUCCUCCUGGGCCUGGCGCUGACCUUUCUCGUCAUGGCCUCCUAUAUCCUGCCCUGGGAAAAGACGGGACUUCUGUUCACCCCCUCACCCCUUCAGCUCAGACCUAUGCUCGUCCCGACCGGCACAUCAGAAAAGGAUUCGUCUCAAAAUACAUUAAUAGACAUGAAAUUGCUGGUGAAGAUCAUCAGCUUCAAACUGGAAUACUCACCCAGGAAGGUCCCUGACGAAAAGGACGUCAUUGAAACCGAUGCCCCUUUGUUCUCGGUAAUUCCUCGCCAUUUCCUGUCGAGCAUCAAGAGCCCGUGCUGGUACGAGGAGUUCUCAGGAGACCUCGGCACUGAUCCCUACCGGAGGAACCUCUUCGCGCUGCACUCAAAGGACUUCAAGACUGUGUGCGAGCAACUGAAGAUCGACUUCCACCGACACUUGUACCACAGGGACGGCGAAGUGUUUCGUCUGCGCUGCUUGCCGUACUUCUACAUCAUCGGCCAACCCAAGUGUGGCACCACCGACUUGUUUCAGAGACUGCGGCUGCAUCCGGAGGUCAGGUUCAACACCAUUAAGGAGCCACACUGGUGGACCAGGAAACGCUUCGGUUAUAUCCAUUCCAAAGAUGGCUUCAAAGAAAGUUUUCCUGUGCAGGACUACCUGGAUCUGUUUGACUUGGCAGCUGUUAACAUCCAAGCAGGAAUCAAUGGAAAUCCAUCUGGAGACGGCAGCGCGCUCCCGCUCAUAACAGGUGAUGCCAGUGCAUCCACUAUGUGGGACAACCAAGCCUGGAGCAACCUCCACGGAGGCGGGGAGGAUGGCGAGCCUCAGUUCCUGGCCCAGGACUUCAUCCACGCAAUCCAGCCCGGUGCAAAAAUCAUCGUCAUGGUCAGAGAUCCAGUGGAGAGGCUUUAUUCUGACUACCUGUACUUUACGGUGGGAAAUAAGUCGGCUGAAGACUUCCAUCUGAAGGUCGUGGAGUCCGUGCAGUUGUUUCACUCUUGCCUGUCUGAGAGGACAAUACGUUACUGCGCCUACGACACCAGCCUCUCUAAUGCCAUGCCGGUGAGGCUGAAUUUGGGGAUGUACGUCGUCUUCUUACUGGACUGGCUGACAGUUUUCCAUCGGGAGCAGAUUCUGGUUCUUCGACUGGAACACUACGCAGCCAACAUCAAAGUGACAAUCAGGAACGUUUUUGACUUCCUGAGUGUAGAUCCUCUGUCUGAGCAGGUGGAGGCAGCAGUGACCAAUCGGGCCAUGUCCAACACUCGGCGGGCGGCGGACAGGAACCUGGGUCCGAUGCUUCCUGCCACCAGGAUCCUCCUCAGGGAAUUUCACCAGCCCUUCAACCAUAAACUCGCCAGUGUGCUGGACAACAAGGCCUUUCUCUGGAGCAACACCUGAAGGGGUUGACCUGGAAUAACUCCUGAUGUACGUGUAUGAGAAUCAGGAUUCUUUUUAAUGACCACAGGACGGAGGUGGGCUUGUGCAGCCUGGUGCGUGAGGCAGCAUCACUUUGAACACAAGAACGUUGACGAGCACAGCAGACACUAUUUACCAGAAUAAACAAACUCACAGACGCCUGCUGUUGAGUCAGAAAGAGUCAAUGCUGCUCUCUCUAAGAUUUAACACCGCGCCUGCAGAUGGACUCACACCACAUCACGCACACGAGACGCACACAAGUCAUUCAUUGUCACACAUUGUAGAAGUGGUGGUGGCACUUGAAGCUCUUCAGGUCAUCUUACCUUGUGCUGUCGUUGCCGCUAACACACGUGUGUCAUGCAAAGAUUGUAAAGAAAACCAUCAGAUGAGACAACCUUUUACUCUUUAAGAUGAGUAAUAAGAAAGGGUUAGGGUUAGGGUUAGAAGAAGAAUUACAUGAGUUGGAGAACAGUUUCUAAAUAGGGAUGUUUUGGUGCGCAGGAACCUUUAGCGCCUCCUAGAGGUCUGCAGCUGGAAGAGGUGGUGAGCGGGGUCAGAGUGUGUUUCUUUGUAUUUGUGCGUUGUGGUUGAGGUGAUUCCACUGAUGACAGGAGAGUGUCAGUAAUCUUGCAUGAUUUAUUGAAUAUGUUCUGCUGCUAUUUGUGGUUUUAUAGGACAUCCUGGUGAGUAUUGAUGUUCUAUUCAAGCGUAUUGCUAGUAUUGGUGCUGAGGAAUUGACAAGUCUGUGAUUAUGGGUUCUCCAGUGAUGUGUAUUGGGGUUGUGGGCAUGCUGGCCUCUGAAAUCUAUAAUGACGUCUUCCGUUUUACUUGUGUUGAGGUGGAGAUUGUCGUCAAAGCCCCAAACCACUUGCCAAGGCUACUUCCUGAGGGUAUUGACCUUCGUUGCUAUUUGCAUACGGAGCGUCGAGUGGUUUGUGUAGAGGCACAAGAGUCAGGGUGGGAGGACACAAGUGUGGCUGACGUCUGUGUUGUGUGUCAGAGACUCUAUUAGCAUGUGUAGGGAUCAACGUUCACGUCCAUCUGUUUAUUGAAGGGAUUAACACAUGGGCGUAGGCGUCAGGUGUCGUAGUGCGUGAUCAACCAGUGCAAGAAGCUGAAGCAGCAGCGGAGGAAGCACACUGUGUAGGGAAGUGUGUGGGUCUUUGUCUGUGAUAUUUAUUUGCGUUUGAAAGAAUGAUGAUAAUAAUAUAAUGAAGGGGAUUUUUGUUUUAAUUUGAUGCUUUUAAUAGUGUUGAAAAGCCAAAGACAGCAACGGAAUUCUGAGGAAAUGUGUCAAUUAGAUGCACAAAACAUCUAUGACAUUUUCCGUGCAGCCUCAGAUAAAUAAACCUUUUAUUUUACCCUGUGUGAACAACCUUUAACUGAAUUAUAAAGAAUGUGAUUCAGGAAGGGACAGUGUGGAAUAAGGAUUUUGAAUGAUAAAGGAGUUCAAAUAGACCAAACAUGGAAAAGGAGAGUAGAAUUAAUAAUCAUGUUCAUGUUUAGGGAUCAGUCACUAGAGGGCACUAAAACACAGAUCAUAACUCCAGCGGCUCAACAUCCAGAGGAUCAGCUUAUUCCACUCAUAUGUUUAUGUGAUUUUUCUGUGAUUUUUCAGGCGUCAAUCCAGGUUGAAAUGUGUAAUUAGGUUCUUCCUCAAAUACAUAAUAUUAAAGACACGUUUUCCUUUCUUUGUUAUGGGGAUUUCCUGUACAGUACGAUUUUAUUAAGGGCUGAUGCAGACACAUCUUCAUCUUCCUGGUUGUUUGAGCAUCGUAACUAUUAAUCCUCAAAAGUCUUUUAUGGUAAAUGAAACAAACCAAAUCUGACCAAAACCAAAAGAAUGAAAUCCAGGUGAGAGAUGGUGACAGUCAGACCAGAUGAACUCUGAUGAUCUGACUCUGCCUUCCAGGUUUCAGACUUAACUCCACAAUCACUUUACUGCAGCUUAACUCAUUUACAUUCAACUGAUUUUAAUUUAUUCUUUUUUUUUUUAUCCAAGUGGUGUCACUGCUUAUGUUGUCAUGAAAUGCUGUUGCUUGAGAAUGAUUAAAUAUAAGACUUUUAUUUUACUUUAGCAGAAGCAGUAUACUGUGAUAAAUACAGACUAAAUAAAAGUAUCACUUCAUUCAUAAUAUACUGAACUGCCUUCACAUAUCUGGUCCUUUCACUUUCCUGUAAAUAACAUGUUUAUUUCAUUCUGUUGCACCACAUGGAUGAAGACCUGUUGGAGCGUUUCUUAUUCAAACUGCUGCUUUUACACGAACAAUUUACUUGAGUAAACACGUUUCUACACUUGU